AUGGGGCCUGCAGCGCCCGCUGACGGCGGCGCUGCUGCCGACCGUGCUGAGCCCGGUCCCUCGCGCGGCCGCGAGCGGCUGCCGGAGGCUGGCUAUCUCAUCUUUGGCGACUCGUUCAGCCGCAUCUUUAGCCUCGUCCGCCACGCCGAGAUUGGCAUCAAGCCGUACAAGGGCGGCAGUGCCAAGGGGCUCACCAAGCCCGGCAACACAAACCGCGAGGACAUCGCCAAGACGCUUGCGCAGCGGCCGGGCACUCACACGGCCGUCUUCGUCUUUGGGAGCGUCGAUGUGCACAUGUCGUACUACUAUUGCAAGUACGGCCGCGAGCCGCCCGAGGAGAUUGACCUCGAGGCAAUCGCACGCGCCUACGUCGCCUUUGUCGCCGGUCUGCCCGGGCCGGCACAGAGGCUCGUCGUCGGCGCAUACCCGUCCAGCCUGAUCGAGGCGGAGAGCGUGCCGAAGAGCGUGGCCGCGUACGGCGUGCUGAGCGAGGCGCAGGCGGCGAGGGUGGACCUCGCCGACUGCUCGCUCGCGGCGCGGCAGGGCCGCACGCGCGCCUUCAACGCAGCCCUGCGCGCCGCCUGCGCGGAGCACGCUGCGGUCGACUUUGUCGACAUUUGCGACGAGCUGCUCGACCCGGCGACGCUGCAGCUGCGGCCGGCCUACCUCGACAUCUCGACUUGCAACAUCCACGUCGUCUGGGAGACGACCAUUCUGCUCUGGCUGCAGCGGCGCCGAGCGCGCGAGAGGACCGCCCUGGCCUCGGAGCCUUGUCGGAGCCUUGGCGCGGGCCCUUCCUGUAGGCUGCCGUGGCUGCGCGAGAGGACCGACUCGCGCUUCGAGAGCCGGAUGAGGCGGAGCCUGAGCCGGUAUCUGAGGGACAAGGAGCUCGAGAUGGCGGCCAAGGGCAUCGCGAUCACCAGAGUCCACGAGAGCGAGGGAGGAGGCGGCGGCGGGUCCGGCGAGGGCAGCGGCGGCGGCGGCGAGGGCAGCGGCGGCGGCGAGGGCAGCGGCGGCGGCGAGGGCAGCGGCGGCGGCGAGGGCAGCGGCGGCGGCGAGGGCAGCGGCGCCGCCGCCGGCAAGGAGGGCGGUAGCAAGGAGAGCGGUGGCAAGGCUGGUGGUGGUAGCGAUGAGGGUGGCGGCGAGGGCGAGGCGCGGGCGAGGGGACUAUUGGCCCGCGGGCGAGGAGGUGGCGGGGAGGGGGGCGGCGGCGAGAACGGCGGCGAGGACGAGUGGGAGGUCGUCUCGAGGGCCGGCCGGAGAAAGGGGAGGAGCGGAGCGCCGCCGGGGCCAGCUCCUCACUCGGGCGGCUCUGCGACGAUGGGCGCACAGAGGGGCGCCAGUGGGACAUCAUCUGGGUGGGGAAGCGGGGCGCAUCGGGAAUGGAGGAGACGAGACGGGCGAUAG